ACGAGCACAAACGCUCUACACGACAGCAGGGAGUUCCCGCUCGGUCGCUCGCUGCUCCUCUCUCACCCAGCACAAGCAGCAAGGAGCAAGCACACCACCCGAUCGACCAUCAUGAGCACUUGUGUUGAGCCGCCAACGCACUUGGCCAACCUCGACCCGGGCGCCGCCGCGCAGCGUUUGCCGUACCCCGCUCUGCCGGGCGACGACGUCCUGCGCCGCUCAUCCGUGAGCGGCAGCAGCUUCGUCGACGUCGCUGCCCCCGUCUCGUCGGACGGCAAGAAGGCCGACGACGACGCAUCCUCCUCCGACGACGACGACGACGAACACCAGGAUGAUGAUCAUCAUCGACACGAGACGUACGGAUCGCACUACCUGCGCCGUCGUCUCGGCGUGGAGCCGUCGGUGCAGCACGACCCGCGCGACGAGGGCACCGCGGACGCGUGGGUGGAGCGCAGCGCGUCGCUGAUCCGCCUCACGGGGAAGCACCCGUUCAACGGCGAGCCGCCGCUGCGGCGUCUCAUGGAGCACGGCUUCGUCACCCCUGCGCCGCUGCACUACGUGCGCAACCACGGGCCCGUCCCGCGCGGGGACUGGGCGGCGUGGACCGUGGAGGUGGCCGGACUCGUCCGCCGCCCCGCGCGCCUCACCAUGGACGAGCUCGCCCGCGGCUUCCGGGCCCUGGAGCUCCCCGUCACGCUCGUCUGCUCCAGCAACCGCCGCAAGGAGCAGAACAUGGCGCGACAGACGCUGGGCUUCAACUGGGGCCCCGGCGCCGUGUCCACGUCCGUGUGGCGCGGCGCGCGCCUCCGCGACGUGCUGCGCCGGUGCGGCGGCGUCGUCGACGACGGCGACGGCGGCGCGCUCUACGUGUGCUUCGAGGGCGACGAGGACCUCCCCGGCGGCGGCGGAUCCAAGUACGGCACCAGCAUCACGCGCGAGCGGGCCUUGGACCCCACCAUGGACGUCAUGCUCGCGUACCAGCAGAACGGCGGGCCGCUGCUGCCCGACCAUGGCUUCCCCGUGCGCCUCAUCGUCCCCGGAUGCACGGCCGGACGCAUGGUCAAGUGGCUCCGCCGCAUCGUCGUCACCCGGGCUGAGUCCGACAACUACUACCAUUACCGGGACAACCGAUUCCUGCCGUCCCACGUCGACGCCAAGCUCGCCGACGCCCAAGGCUGGUGGUACAAGCCGGAGUAUGUGAUCAACGAGAUGAACACAAACUCGGUGAUCACAACGCCAGGGCACAAUGACUUCCUGCCCAUCAACGCCAUCACGACACAGCGCACCUACACCAUGAAAGGAUUCGCCUACUCUGGUGGUGGCAAGAAAGUGACGCGAGUUGAGGUGACGCUGGACGGCGGUCAGACAUGGCUCCUCUGCGUGCUGGACCACCCGGAGAAGCCCACCAAGUACGGCAGGUGCUGGUGCUGGUGCUUCUGGUCCAUCGACGUCGAGCUCGCCGACCUCCUCGCCUGCAAGGAGAUCGCCGUCCGCGCAUGGGACCAAUCGCUCAACACCCAGCCCGAGUUCCUCACCUGGAACCUCUUGGGAAUGAUGACCAACUGCUGGUUCAGGGUGAAGGUUAACGUGUGCCGGCCGAGCAACGGGGAGAUAGGGCUUGCGUUCGAGCACCCGGUGCAGCCCGGCAACCAGCCGGGCGGAUGGAUGGCGCAGCAGAAGCACAUCGAGUCCGCGGAGGCCGCCGGUGCGGCGUCGCCACCGGCGCUGCCACCACGCAGCACCUCCGCGGCGACGUCCACCACCAACACCGCCAGCAAUCAGUUCACCAUGUCCGAGGUGCGCAAGCACGCGUCCAAGGACUCGGCGUGGAUCGUCGUCCACGGCCACGUCUACGACUGCACGGAGUAUCUCAAGGACCACCCGGGCGGCGCCGACAGCAUCCUCAUCAACGCCGGCACCGACUGCACCGAGGAGUUCGACGCCAUCCACUCCGACAAGGCCAAGGACCUCCUCGGCGCGUACCGCAUCGGCGAUCUGCUCGUCACCGCCGCCGGCACCGAGCAGGCAUCUCAUUCUCACCUCGAGCACGCCCCCAUCGGUGGCCCAGCGCCGCCGGUCGUCGUCGCGCUCUCCAACCCGCGGGAAGAGAAGGUCCCGUGCCGGCUCGUCGCCAAGACGGUGCUGUCCCGCGACGUCCGCCUGUUCCGCUUCGCGCUGCCGUCGUCCGGCCAGGUGCUGGGCCUCCCGGUCGGCAAGCACAUCUUCGUGUGCGCCAGCAUCGACGGCAAGCUGUGCAUGCGGGCGUACACGCCGACGAGCUCCGUGGACGAGGUCGGCCACUUCGACCUCCUGGUGAAGGUGUACUUCAAGAACGAGAACCCCAAGUUCCCCGACGGCGGGCGGAUGACACAGUACCUGGACUCGCUUCCGAUCGGCGCCCGCGUCGACGUCAAGGGGCCUGUCGGCCACGUCGAGUACGCCGGCCGGGGAGGCUUGGUGAUCGACGGCGAGCCGCGCAGGGCGGGGCGCCUCGUCAUGGUCGCCGGCGGGAGCGGGAUCACGCCGAUCUACCAGGUGAUCCAGGCGGUGCUGCGCGACCAGCCGGAGGACCCGACGGAGAUGCACCUCGUGUACGCCAACCGGACGGAGGACGACAUCCUCCUGCGCGGCGAGCUGGACCGGUGGGCGGCCGAGUACCCAGACAGGCUCAAGGUGUGGUACGUCAUCAGCCAGGUGAAACGCCCGGAGGAGUGGAAGUACAGCGUCGGGGUGGUGACGGAGGCCAUUCUGCGGGAGCACGUGCCCGAGGGCGGCGACGGCACGCUGGCUCUCGUCUGCGGACCACCGCUAAUGAUCCAGUUCGCCGUAUCGCCGAACCUAGAGAAGAUGAAACACCAUGUCGAUUCUGUCAUCGUCUUCUAAGUUACAUAGCAUCUCCCAAUGUCGUUAGCUCCAGCAGAUAAAUUGGCUUCGUAUCUCCCUCAGCAGUGAAGGAAUGUGUGUGUCUGUUAUAAAAACAUUUCUCCUAUGUUCCAUUGCCUGAUUUUUAAGAUUAUUUUCGUGUCACAGCGAA